AAUCGAAUCAGCACCUGAAGCUUCGCACAGCCCUAGUAGUAGGGUUUUAGUAACUUGUUUGAGGAUUUUAUUGGCAUCCUGCCAACCCCCGUGUUGUCUGUUUGCCUAGAAUAGAUUGCUGUAGCUCAGAGAGCAGAUAGGUGAGGAAACCUGCCAUAGAUCCACCUUGAAAAGGAGAGCAGCAGCGAGGGCAGGAAGGAGGGGGUCCAUAACAAGGGAGCCUGCUGAGCUUUGUGAAAAAGCUGCUGUAUCUCCCCUCCUCUGCUCUUGGGGAGAGGCAGCACUUUUUUUUUUUUUAACUUCUGUCCUGUACUAUUUAGAGGUUACCACUUUUACUUAUGCCCAAAGUAGCUGAACCUUAUAAGAGUGUAUUGUAAACUUUGCACAAUUUCUGCAGACCUGGGCAGUGUGGAAAAGAAGCAUCUGCCUAAAUGUUUGUUCUGGCCCUUGGACCAAUGUCCCUUUAACUGUAGCACGCUGAACAAUGAUACCAGCCUGUGUAAUGAUAGCAUGUAAUUGGCUUUCCAAAGUGCAUUUGACUUGAUAUUAGUUGCCAACUUGGAAGCAAUGUAUUUAAGCAAAGAACAUAUUAUUGCUAUGGUGGAUUAGAGCCCUAUAACCCUUGAAGCAUGUGUUCCCUGCAGCAUUACCUUCCCUUAACUCCUCUCAACUCAGCGGUCACCCUCCCCAACAGCCCUGCAAGGUAUAAGGAGAGUUGUUAGGAGCUGGACAUAGUCCUAAAGCACCCCCGGGAUUCCCUAGUAUCAUCCUUUAAUAUCAUCAGCUAUAUGAUAUUGGGCAGGAGUCUGUCCCAUUGCUUUGAUUGUUGGAAGCUGAAUCUCUGGCCAGCUUCAAACCACAGAGGAGGGUAUUGAGAUGGCAAUAGGCUUUUCCUCCUUAUCACCAGUUUGGAGGGAUGAUUGGAUGGGAUUGAGGGGGAAGGGUUACAGUUGUCAGAGGAUUGACCCUGUGAGAAGUGCUGCAUUUUGUUCAGUGCUCUUUGUUCCAUGUGUGUUUCUGAGUCAAAAAUUAAGAUUUGACUUUUUGCAGUCUUGCAGAUCUGAGAUGACUAACACACUAUCAUAGUACUCACCAAUACCAUAAUACCCACCAUGCUGAUUAUCAACAAUUGGCACUACUGAACACUUUUCACUGAGUUGAUAUUGGAAGUUGUAUGCUUGAGGUUGCCGCACCAGUAGUAUCUCACAGGAAAUGCCUGCCAUAAAUGUUUGACUCUUGCUAUUAACUAGUGUAGCUCUGGUCAGUGGGAAGUCAGGGUGCAUUCAAAAAGAGUGUAAAUGAAAGAACUUCUAUCAAAUCUUUCUCCAAAUUUUUAAAGACUGGGAUUUUUGUGGGAGUGGCUUUUGUCUAUUGAUUGGAGUAUGCAGGUUCAGGACUUCUGGCUUGUGUUCCCCUUUGCAAUGGUUUUGCUGUGCAUAUAAAUCUCACUACUUACUAGUAAUCUGUUCCCAUCCAUCAUGGUUGCUAAGCCACAGUCAUCGAUAGCGUCUGCUACACUCUUAGCUAAAGAGCUGGGUCUUUUGGCUCUGUAACGUUCUUGUAGGAUCCAGAGGUCAUUAUUUCAGUGCCCAAUACUGGCAGCCAGCCCAGAAGCACAGUUGCAUACAGCAUUGGAGAACACCCGUUGUCUCUUGCUGCCUCAACAUCCUCACCUAAAAUUGGAGAGAAUAUUAUGUGUGAGCCCCUUUGUUGACCAGGCACAUGAGAAGGGCCUGUGAUUUUAGUGGUUAUUGAUCUUCACAUUCCUUCUCUUCUUUUUCUCUUGUGUGACUUCUGUCCCAACCAGGUUUUCAUCAGAUCUCUCAGAAUAAAGUGGCAGUGCUGCUCCUGGCUGGAGGGCAAGGAACACGCCUGGGGGUGACCUAUCCCAAGGGGAUGUACAACGUGGGGUUGCCUAGUGGCAAGACCUUGUAUCAGAUUCAGGCAGAAAGAAUCCGCAAAGUGGAGCAGCUUGCUGGCAAGAAAUAUGACACCAAGUGUACCAUCCCCUGGUACAUCAUGACAAGUGAGUUUACACUGGGACCAACGGAGAAAUUCUUCAUAGAACAUGACUACUUUAACCUGGACAAGUCUAAUGUGAUUAUGUUUGAGCAGAGGAUGCUGCCAGCUGUAACAUUUGAUGGGAAAGCUAUCUUGGAAGAGAAGGGGAAAAUUGCCAUGGCACCAGAUGGCAAUGGAGGUUUAUACCGUGCAGUGGUGGACAACAAGAUCUUGGAUGACAUGGAACAACGUGGGAUCCAAUAUAUCCAUGUUUACUGUGUGGACAAUAUCCUUGUCAAAAUGGCCGAUCCGGUCUUCAUUGGCUUCUGUGUGUCCAAAGGAGCAGACUGCGGUGCGAAGGUGGUGGAGAAAGCCUACCCUACAGAGCCUGUUGGGGUAGUCUGCCUUGUUGAUGGAGUCUCUCAGGUGGUAGAAUACAGUGAAAUCAGCCUGGAGACUACACAGAAGCAGAGCCCUGAUGGGCAACUAGUUUACAGUGCUGGCAACAUCUGUAAUCACUUUUUCACACUUGAGUUCCUCAAGACAGUGGCACAGAAAUUUGAGCCCCAGCUGAAGCAGCAUGUAGCCAUAAAGAAGGUGCCAUAUGUUGACGAGGAGGGAAAUCUGGUAAAGCCGCUAAAACCGAACGGGAUAAAGCUGGAGAAGUUUGUGUUUGAUGUGUUCCAGUUCUCUAAGAACUUUGUUGCAUUUGAAGUUUUAAGGGAAGAAGAGUUCUCCCCAUUAAAAAAUGCAGAUACAGGUGACAAAGAUACUCCUACCACAGCUCGGAGAGCCCUCCUGUCCCAGCAUUACCGCUGGGCUCUGAAGGCUGGAGCCAGGUUCCUGGAUGAAAAUGGCUGCAGGAUUCCAGAGAAAAUCAGUUUAUCAGGAACUGAAGACCCUCCUGCUGUGUGUGAAAUUUCUCCAUUGGUGUCUUAUUUCGGAGAGGGGCUGGAAACAUACAUGAAGAAUAAAGACAUCACUUCACCCUUUAUAUUUGAUGGAAGCAAAACAGAAAUGCCAGAAAACUCUUGAACAAGGGGAAAACCUGGAACCAAUACAUAUGACCAUCAGCUCCAUGAUGGCAACAGGCACUAAUUAAACAUUGGCAUUUACUAUUAAAAUGCUAUCAAUAAUUAGAUUGCAUUAUCAGGUUGAUGCCAAAUGCCAGUAGUGAGUAUGUUUACAGGUAGAAAAACACUCCAAUGCUAUGUGAUAACUUCAGAAGUUACAUCCUUACCUCACUGUUAUUUGGAGGUUCAGGUAUGAAUGAUAUUUGUAUUUGUUAAUCCAGUUACUAAAUAGGCUUUAUUUCUGCAAUCAAAACUGUUAUCCUUCUAGUUUCUAAGUUAUACAAAUAAGUGAUAAGAGCCAAUUGGGACCAAAACAGUUUUUUGCAUGUCACAUAAUUAGAUUAAUUAAACUGUAAUUGUCACUAGAUUUUUUUAAUUCUCAUUGAUGUUAAUGUAGGAAUGUGAAAGAGAUUAAUUUGAGGUCCAAGCCCAUAAAAUGCUGAAUACACAACUACAGUUAUAUCUUCCAGAGUCCAUGCCCCUUUUGUCCUAGCUCUGUCUUGGCAGCUAGUCCUGUAUUUGCUCUGAUUAGAGAGUCCAUUCAGAUAAUGAAUAGUGUUCACCCAGGUAACGCCAUUUUAUAGACCUCUGACUUCAGUGGGGCUUUAUCUGAGAAUAAGUGUGACUUAGCAUUCAGGUUGUAGAAUCAAGAUUAAAAGACUUACACCUUCAAGUUCAGCUGUGGAUUGGUUGGAUUUUAAAUUGUAAUUGUCUAGUUUUUAAAAAGAAUCAUCAGAAAUACUUCACGUUAACGUUAUCUUCCUUCUGUCCUGGGAGACGCUAUUUUUUUUUUUUUAUUUUGCUGUCCAACUUUUUGUAACAUGCCUCUCACUUUUAGACUUUUUUUAUAAGUGUCUUUAAAGCAAUAAAUGGAGUAAAUCCAGGAGGGUAUGAUUUAAUGCUCUAAAGUAAAAAGGUAUUUAAUCUUAGCAUAAAUGGUACAAGCCAUAAAAAGCCAGGAUGUGCCUUUGUAACCAGAGGGCAGGGUUGGUAUCCACCAUUCCUGCACCCCUCGAAGCAUUGCGUUCCUCUUACUUUCAUCAUUGUCUUCAUUUUUUAAAGUUAUUUUUCAAGUUUGUUGAGCUGAACGUGCCAGAUUAUUAACCAGAGAUGGUAAUUAUCAGAAUUAUAUGUAACAGAUGGACCUCAGUCCUGGCAUAGAAAGCACACAUCUAGCUGAGAGAAUUAAUUCUUCAUGUACUGUAUAAUCUUUGGCCUUUUUGAUUUUGUGUGUGUGUGUGUGUGUGUGUGUGUGUAUUUUAUGAUGUGAAUACCUGUCUGAUAUAAAAACCUGAUUGAGGUGGUCACAUUCAUUUUUUCUGGUUAUUUAAAAAAAAAAAAAAGAUGGUCUCUUAACCAGAUCCUUUCCUCCCUCAAUAUUGUUCUGCAGAUAGCUUCACAGUUAGUCAACUGAGUCUUUUUUUUUUUUUUUUUUUCCAAACAGCUGUAUUUUUAAAACUAAAGAAAGUAUUUGGCCAUAUGUUUUGUUUGGAUUUUGAUAUUUCAGCUGUUCUGACCAAUAGUCAUUGCACCUAAAUUACUGAGAAUAAACUUUUUUAUAAAGUAAGAUUGAGGUGAAUUUGGUGAAAUAUAAGAAAGGCCUCUUGUGAUAACUUUUUUUUACCGCAGGCUCAUAGUUUCGAAAGAAGUCAUCUACAUUUCAACUGCAAAAUUUGCUUUUGUAUGAGCUGUAUUUGCAUAGAUAUAGACAAAUGACUAUUUGCACAUGGAGAGGAGCUAAUCACACUCCUGAUUAAUCUGCUUGGAUGUGAAAAUGUUAAUUAUAAAAGAUUGUCAAGGUAAAUUAUAGACUGAAUUGUCAAAGGCAAAUACUGACUGUGUUGCAUAAUUUUCCUGUGAUGAUUCCAUUUCAGUCAGUUGAGUUACUGAAUGAAAUCUGGGGGUAAACACACAGCAUCUUUAUGAUUAAUUUCUGUUAAUUCUUGCACAAGUUUAUUUUAAGCUGCAUUCUGCCUUAUCGAAAGAAAAUUUGUCCUGCAGCCUUGUAUUGCAUUUGCCAAAAGGGUACAUUCUCCUUGGAGCCUGAAUUGCCAUUUAGCCCAGCACUCUUUCAUCUCAUGAAUGUAUGGCUGCUUACAUGCUUUUUAUCAUGCAUUUUCCAGUGGGAGCUGACUGUUCUUUCUUGUAUCUCAAACUGAAAUAUUAAAAGGGAUUUUAAAGGAACUUUAAAAAUACUAAAUACAUAUAAUUUAUCAUGUGUUUGGUAAAAUGAUUCCAGCAUCUCUUCUGAAUGGCUUUUUUUAUAAAACAAAAGGAGAUCCCUCUUUUAGGUCUCCCAAAGCUUUCUUGAAUACAUUUCUCUAAUAAAGAUACUGUGCAACUUCUAA